UGUUCAAUUAAUAUAGGAAAGAAUAAACAAAAAAAAAUUGGAUUUAUAUAAUAUUUAUAUUUUAAUCGGGCGAUUAAAUUUCUAUCCCCUUGAUUUUGCUAGAAUGAAAAUAAUUUUAUUUAUUUAAUAAUGAAGGGCGAUAAGGAUAAAGAAGCUGGUUCAUACAUUUUGAGAAGUUAUGGAGAAUUCUUUAAAAAACAGUAUCAAGAUUAUGUAUCGCUAUUGGGAGAUGAAAUUAAGGAAGAAAAUAAAACAUUUUCGCCCAUAAAAGUUGUUCUGGAGUCGCAAGAAUAUGUACCAGUUACAGAUUUAGUUGCAUCUGAUAAUACUGUAAUAACAAAAGUUUUAAGUGUGCUUACAUCCCUGUGUAUAGAAGUUAAUGAUUUAAAAAGGGAAGCUUUUCAAAGUCAUUUCAAAUUUCUGUCUGUUUAUGAUGAAUAUACUGGAAGUGAUAUUGCUACCCAGGUGGAAUCAAUAUGUUUAUUAAGCACAUUUUUGAGCCGCUGCAAUGACACACUGAACAAUUUGUGCAGUCAAUUUUUUGCAAUUUUUAAUGAAGAAAUUAUUAAUUUAAAUGGCAUUCAAUGGCACUUUGUAAUUAAUAAAAUUGGAGAAAUAUUUACACUGAUAGUGAUUUUAGAAAUGCUAAUUUCAAGAUGCAGUUUGACAUCAAAUUGGAACAACUUUUAUAAAAAUCUUAAAGUGUAUGACACUAAACCUGAUGAUCUAGGAUUAGGUGAAGAGAAAUUUACUGCAUUAUCUGGAGCUGUGAAUAUUAUAACGGUAAAAUUAAUGAAUGAUGAUAUAGUUCAAAGUACUUUACAAAAUCUUCUUGCCUUAAGGAAAACCUACUUAUCAGUAAAGUACUGCCCAGUUGUUUCAUCAGAGAUUACCCAAUAUGUAAAACUUGCUAUAAUGAAUUUGGAUAAACUAGCCCAGGAUAAACCUAGUGGAGACAAUUUGUACAAGUGCAUCAAAAUAAACGCAUUAUUUGUUUUGAACACACAUCUUUUUGGAAAUAAUGACAAGAAGAACUUUAGAAGUUUAAUGGAAUUAAACACAAAGGCACACAGUAUUUUUGUUAUUGGGACAGCUAUAUGGUUUCCUGAACAAUUCCUCCAGAGAUUUGUUCCAGCACUAUGUGGCAACUAUAACAAAUUAUCACAAGCUAUGCUUAAAGCAAGGCAAGCUUAUAUGAGUUCUAAAAAAAUGACUUUAACUAAAGAUAUUAUAAGCCUUCAACAUAUAUGCUCUCAAUGGGCAUUGACUGUGGAAGAAGUUUUUUCCUCUAACAAUAAGUUGAGUGCUGCAGAAAUGACUCUCCAUGCGAAGACAAUUUUGGAUGGCUUAGAUGUGGCUUCGAAUAUAAAUUAUUCAGUUUUGUCUUUAAUCAAUUUGCACCUGUCUCUUGGUAUGCCACUAACAAAACAGAUGUUGAUGUCAAUGUUUGAAAUUAUGGAUAUAUUGAAAAGUUUGUGGAAUGCUGUCAGUAGAAAUUAUGAUCAGAUUAUAAGCUCUAUGAAUAUGAUCAUACAACAUUUAACAUUUCAAGCAGUAUCCUCAAUUCUUGAAAUAAAAAAGACAUUAAUGAGUGAUAAGAAGUAUGCCAAUAAGAGAUUGGAUGAGCUUACUUGCAUUGUUAUUGCAGAGCAAACUAUAAAAGGAGUGUCAACAUUGGAACGUAAUAUAGCUACUAAUAUAGCGCUCAGUUUUGUGCCUGAAACAACAUAUAUUGAAGAUACGUAUGUAAAAUUAGGCUUGUUGCUUGAGAAAAUACGAACCUUAUCGGAUUUUCCUGAAAGCAUUAAAAAACACUGCAACUGUUCCUGGCUGCUAUGGCAUCAAAAUAUAAUUCCGAUUUAUUUUGAACAAAAUUUUAGCAUGCAAUUACAUGCAGUGAAGUUAAAGUACUUUCUAAUGGCGUUAGAUGAUUGUGUUAUUUUAUUAGAAGAAACAGACAAACAUUUUGGAAUGAAUAGAGCUUCUGAGUUUAAAAAUAAACUCAAAGUAAUAUUUGAUGAACAUGUUUUGAAAAAUAUAAGCCAGAAUAUAGAAACUAAUCUCCGUUUGCAUAUUCAUUCGCAUUUACAAUUAGAUAUUGUAGAUCCUUUAACUUAUGAUAUGAUAAAAAAAAUGUUACUGCUAUUAGACAACCUGCGACUUCAUAAUGUAUACAUGUCAGUUAAGCCAAGUGUAGAACAUUAUCUCUCGAAGACUUGUUACAAUUUGACCACUGUUGUAUUGUCAGACUGGAAAACAUACGGCGAAAUGCGGCAAAUGGCUAAGCUGAAGUUCAAAAUUUCAACAAUACAAGACAAUCUGCCGACACAAACCUUAGAACAAGGUUUAGAUGUGUUAGAAAUUAUGCGCAACAUUCACAUCUUUGUUUCCAGGUACCAAUACAAUCUCAACAAUCAAAUCUUUAUUGAGAAAAGUAGCAAUAAUAAACAUCUGAAUUCUAUAAAUAUUAGACACAUCGCCAAUUCAAUAAGGACCCAUGGAACUGGCAUUAUGAACACUACAGUUAAUUUCACUUAUCAGUUUUUAAAAAAUAAGUUUUUUAUAUUCUCCCAGUUUAUGUAUGAUGAACAGAUAAAAUCGCGCCUUGCUAAAGAUCUCAGAAAUUUUAAGGAAACAGCAGGUGAAAAUGGUAAUGUUUAUUUAUAUAAGAAUGCAGAGAAAUUCAACAAAGGAAUCAAAGUUUUGGGAGUUGUAGAAGACGGCCAAAGUUACUUGGACUUAUUUAGAGAUCUUAUUAGCCAAAUAGGCAAUGCAAUGGGAUAUGUGCGCAUGAUCCGAUCUGGCGGGAGGCAUUGUUGUUGUGAUGCAACUGCAUUUUUACCCAACCUUGAAAUAAAGCAUUUCAAAAGACUCUGUGAAGAAAAUGGUGUUCAUGAAAAAACAAUUCAAACUGCUGAUAACUUGGAAGAAAAUAUUAAUGAUCUCAUUACAAAUUUCAUUCAAGGCACAGAGUAUUUUAAAUUACUUGUAGAAGUAUUUGCUCCUGUUUUUAGGAAUCCUAAAAAUGUUCAUUUGAAGAAUUUUUUUAUUAUUGUACCCCCACUGACACUUAAUUUUGUAGAACAUAUGAUAUUGUCAAAAGAUAAAAUGUCCAAGAAAAACAAAGCUGGAGCAGCUUUCACAGAUGAUGGCUUUGCAAUGGGCAUAGCUUAUAUUCUCAAGUUGUUGGACCAGGAUUCCAGUUUCGAGUCCUUACACUGGUUUGAGUCUGUAUGGGCCCAUAUAAAAAAAGAAAGGGAAAGCAUUGAUGAGCAAAAAAGUAAAGGUUCUGUACAGUUGCAACAAGCAUUAGCUCUCACAGAGAAGAAGAUUAAAACUCUUGAAGAGGAGUAUAAACUGCUGUACUACAGUUUAACAAGUGCAAGAAUUUUCUUUAGAUAAGUUUAAUAAAAAUUAAAUCCAACCA